AUGGCAAAGAAAAGGUCUGUAACCGAGACUCUAGACCAGAGGAUAUAUGAUCUUAUACAUGAUUUGCUUCAAUCGAAGACGAGUGAAUUAAGGAAAGCAGGAGGAAACAGCGAUGACCCGUUGGCUGAGAUUGUAUUGGCAAAAGAUUUAAAGAUCGCAGAUGUUUUGGCUUAUGUUCAGUUGAAAGACUUUCAGAUGAGAAGAAUGAAGAAUAAACAACUAGAGAAGAAUAUUGAGUCUGUAUUACGUGUUGUGAAAGAAGACGAGGCUAGGGAGCUUUCAGAGUUGGGCGCCGAGCCCAUACUGCUCGCAGAUAGUGAUUUUGAAGGAGUCGAUGAGAAGGAUCUUGUUGAGGUAAAAGAUGACAACUCGCUCAACAAGUCAGUAGUUUCUUUAUGGGACCUGGUGAAUACCGAAUCCAAGAAUGGUGUCACCACAGAAGAAAACGCUAAUGAGAAAGACGAAGAGAAAAAGUCAAAAAAGAAAGUUAAAGAAUCGACCAGGCUCCAAAGCAAAAAAUCCAAAGCAAAAAUAGAAUAUCAGACGCCAACCGUUACUUUGUCUUCCUUGGGUGGCUUAGAGCAUAUCACAACCCAGUUAAUGGAAAUUAUUGGAUUGCCAAUUUUACACCCAGAAAUUUAUAUCUCGACAGGCGUCGAGCCUCCUAGAGGUAUCCUUCUCUUUGGUCCUCCUGGAUGUGGGAAAACUACGAUAGCCAACGCUUUAGCAGGCGAGUUGCAGGUACCUUUUAUAAACAUAUCAGCACCGUCAAUCGUUUCUGGAAUGUCAGGCGAAUCGGAAAAGAAGCUUAGGGAAAUAUUUGAUGAGGCAAAGUCAUUGGCUCCUUGUAUUAUAUUUAUGGAUGAAAUAGACGCCAUCACUCCGAAAAGGGAUGGCGGCGCACAGAGAGAAAUGGAAAAAAGAAUUGUCGCACAGCUUUUGACAUUAAUGGAUGAGCUUACUCUUGAAAAGACUGGGGGUAAACCUGUUGCAGUUAUAGGAGCCACUAAUAGACCAGAUUCUCUUGAUUCAGCUUUAAGAAGGGCUGGUAGAUUUGACAGGGAAAUAUGCCUCAACGUACCUAAUGAAGAACAGCGUUGCUCUAUUUUGAAAACUAUGACUAGGAACUUAAAGCUUCAAGAUGAUGAUUCAUUCAACUACAAAGAGCUUGCUAAGUUGACUCCAGGAUAUGUUGGAGCUGACCUCAAAAGUUUGGUGACCGCCGCAGGAUUGGCUGCUAUCAAAAGGAUAUUCGAAAGCUUAAGUGAGUUAGAGCAGGAGCAAGAAGUAAUUGACAAAGGAGCUAAUAAACUUCAUUUCGAUUCAAUGGAUGUUGACAGUAACUCAAAUUUGGUUCCAAAUUCAAUAUCUAAUAUGAGGUUUGAAAAUAAAUCAGAUGGCGAGAAACUAUCCAUUAUACAAAAGUUCCUCAUUAAGCAUCCAGAUCCAUUGACUGAAAGUCAACUAGCACCAUUAUCGAUAAACUACUCUGACUUUAUUGCAGCCUUACCAUCCAUUCAACCAACGGCUAAAAGGGAGGGAUUUUCUACUGUCCCUGACGUUACGUGGAGGCAUGUUGGAGCAUUAAACAAAAUCAGAAUGGAAUUACACAUGUGCAUUGUUCAACCAAUUAAGAAACCUGAAUUAUACUCAAAGGUUGGAAUAACUGCCCCUGCUGGUGUAUUAAUGUGGGGACCACCAGGCUGUGGUAAGACAUUGUUGGCAAAAGCUGUUGCGAACGAAUCAAGAGCUAAUUUUAUCUCAAUCAAAGGACCAGAGUUACUAAAUAAAUAUGUUGGUGAAUCAGAGAGGGCGGUAAGACAGGUAUUUAAUAGAGCCAGAGCCUCUGUCCCUUGUAUCAUCUUUUUUGAUGAAUUAGAUGCCCUCGUUCCACGGAGAGACACGUCGCUUUCAGAAUCAAGUUCUCGUGUUGUCAACACAUUGCUUACAGAACUCGAUGGCUUGAAUGAUAGAAGUGGAGUAUUCGUUAUUGGUGCGACGAAUAGGCCUGAUAUGAUCGAUCCUGCAAUGAGAAGGCCCGGCAGAUUGGAUAAAACACUAUAUAUCGAGCUCCCUUCCAACGAGGAAAGAUUAGAGAUUUUAAAAACAUUAAUCCGUGCAAAUCAAACACCUUUAGAUGACCUGGUAGAUUUGCGUGCUAUAGCUUUUGAUGAAAGAUGUAGAAAUUACUCAGGUGCUGAUCUUUCAUCCUUACUUCGAGAAGCUGGUGUUAACGCUUUGAAGAAGAAGUUUUUCAGUAACCAAGGAAUCAAAGACUUAGAUGAAUCAGGUUUCUUUGAAGACGAUCUUUCUGGAGUAGAGGUAGUCGUUACGCAAAACGACUUUGAGAAGGCGUUAUUAAGCAUAUCUCCCAGCGUUACCGAUAAAGAUAGAACGAGGUACGAAAGGUUAAAUAAACGGAUAGGUUGGACUUCUGAAGCAAACGAAGAUGGUGUUCCUACAAGUUCAAAUUCUAAUACUGACAUUGCAUGA